AACAGUCACUGAGGGGAUCUUCGCAGAGGAAAGUGAAGCAUCUUUAUGGCCGCAGCCCUCAGUUACUGUAUCUGUGAAGCCGAUUUACCAUCGAUCUCCUCUCCGAUUCUCCUUUUUGUGCCCGUCGCUUCGAUUCAGCCCUCUCCGCCGCACAGUCAAUUGAGAAAUUUGAAAUCAUGGGUGAUACCAUGGAUUUGACUGGGGAUGGAGGUGUGUUGAAGACGAUAGUACGGCGGGCCAAACCCGAUGCACUUGUUCCAUCCGAGAGUCUUCCCCUUGUUGAUGUUCACUAUGAGGGCAUUCUUGCCGAAACGGGUGAAGUUUUUGACACGACACAUGAAGAUAAUACCAUUUUCUCCUUUGAAGUGGGCAAGGGAUCUGUCAUAAAGGCUUGGGACGUUGCAUUGAAAACCAUGAAGGUUGGUGAGGUAGCUAAGAUCACUUGUAAGCCUGAUUAUGCUUAUGGAAGUGCUGGUUCUCCACCAGAUAUCCCCCCAGAUUCAACCCUUAUUUUCGAGGUUGAGUUGGUCGCUUGCCGGCCUCGCAAGGGAUCCAGUCUAAGUAGUGUCUCGGAUGAAAAGGCUAGGCUGGAGGAGCUUAAGAAGCAAAGGGAACUUGCAGCUGCAGUUAAAGAAGAAGAAAAGAAGAAACGGGACGAGGCGAAAGCGGCUGCAGCCGCAAGAAUUCAAGCUAAACUCGAAGCCAAGAAAGGCAAGGGAAAAGGUAAAGCCAAGUAGAACCAAUCUGAACAUGCUAAUAAAAGAUUGUUUCGCGUAUGAUUGUUGUUUUGAUCAUCGGAGUUUUAUCACUUUGGGUGUUUGUAAUAUAAAGAUAAACUGCUUUCUUGAAACAAAAUGUUGGAUAUAACUCAGAAAUUAGUUCAAUGUAAUAAGAAUUACUACUAUAUACUGUA